AUGAGGUUGUCUCACCCGAUCGCGUGGCUACUCACGAGCUUCGCCUGCGAAAGUCUUUGCUCAGAAAUUGAGUCUCAGCUACACAGUGCCUUGGUCGAUAAGAAUGUGGCAGACGUUGUAGAAGGCGAUAUCGCACAGAAACCGAACCUGGCCUCGACUCCCAUUGACUCACUCGUUGAGGUUCACGAAGUGAUCGUCACUCUUGAGGACGUCCCGGACAAGCCCAGCCCCCGUCAUGAGCAGGAGAAGAAGAAUCUCAUGAAGCGUUUGAGCAAGUCUCAUGGAAAAUGGGACACAAACCAUCUUCGUCACCGUCUUAUGGAAGCGUUGUUCGGUUUCAGCCGUUACAAAGUCAGACAGAUGGCAGAACUAAAUCGAUGGAAAGACCUGUAUACCCACGUACCGAAGGCCCAAAAGAAGCUGCUAGAGAAGUCCAUCGAUUAUUCAAAGAAGUUCGAGACGACUGAACAGCUACACGACCUCAAUCAAGAUCUAUGCAACGAGAUCGUCCAGACAGCGCUGGAGUACUACGGAAUCUCACAUGAGGACCUAGCUGCGCACAGCAAGGCAAAAGAUGCUGCGAAUCAACUUGCAGAUCGAGUCAGCGUUUCUCAGGCUUUGAAACAUUUUGUGAGAGACUGGUCUACAUCGGGCCGAGGAGAGCGGGAGGACGCGUUCCCUUGCAUUCUGAGCACUAUGGAGUCUCUCUUUUCAGAACGGUCGGAAGCGGGUGUCAAAGUUUUGCUACCAGGCUCCGGGCUUGGCCGCUCGGGCCACGAGAUCGCUUCUCUGGGUGGCUUUGAGGUUACUGUCAACGAAUGGUCUAUGUUCAUGAACCUGGCGUAUCGUUUCCUCGAGGGACAUCCGAAGGCAGGAGCCAAGUCGGUUCACCCGUUCGUAGACAGCUGGUCUCAUCAUGCGACGAACGCGGACAUGUUUCGCGGUGUCUCUUUCCCCGACCGCCGAGUGAACGCUAGCUCCGUGUUACUUAUCGAAGGCGACUUCGUGUCUGAGUUCAAGAACCACAAACAGCAAUAUGACGCGGUGGUUACCCAUUUCUUCAUCGACACCGCCAGAAAUGCCAUGAGCUACUUUGAUACGAUUCACGCCACGCUCAAGAAAGGAGGGUACUGGGUCAACUUUGGGCCCCUACUAUGGGGUACAGGGCCAUUUGUGCAAUUGUCUCUUGACGAAAUUGUGCUCAUUUCUAAGGAAAUGGGGUUCGAGUUCGUGGAAGCCAGUGAAUCUUGCGGAGAUGUGACACUAGAAGGAGAAAGGAUCAGAGGGAAACAGGCUGUUUACGGAUUCAAUGACAAAGCCUUGACACGGAACGCUUACUCGGCUCAGUUCUGGGUGGCGAAAAAGUUAUGA